GCUCACCACGCCGGCGCUGUCGCUGUUCCUGGCCGUGCUGCUGGAGCGGGAGCUGCUGGAGGCCCCGGCGGGGCCAGCUACGUCAUUUCCGGGGCGUCGCGGCGCGUCCCCUCGACCUCGGUGAUGGCGGCGCUGCGGGGCCUGCGGGGCCUGCCGGGGCUGCGGCGCCUCCCGGGCCCGCCGGGGCCCGGCCUCGCUCCCCGCACGCUGCUGCUCCCGCGGGGCUGCCCCGAUGGAGGCCCCGGCACGGUGUCCCUGUCAUCCUUCCCGGGCCAUUCCCGGUUCCGUUCCCGGUCCCGCUGGGCCCUGGCGGUUCUGGGGGUGCUGGCGGGGGGGGGGUCCCUGUCCCUGGCUCUGUCGCUCGGGGGGGGCCCCCUGAGAGCGGGGGAGCUGGAGCUGCACCCCCCAAACUUCCCCUGGAGCCACGGGGGGGCCCUGGCGGCGCUGGACCACGCCAGUGUCCGCAGGGGGUUCCAGGUGUACCGCCAGGUGUGCUCCGCCUGUCACUCCAUGGAGUUCGUGGCGUUCCGCAAUCUCAUCGGUGUCACCCACACCGAGGCCGAGGCCAAGGCGCUGGCAGAGGAGGUGGAGGUGCAGGACGGCCCCGAUGAGAACGGGGAGAUGUUUUUGCGGCCCGGGAAGAUCUCGGAUUAUUUUCCCAAACCUUAUCCCAACGCCGAGGCCGCGCGGGCGGCCAACAACGGAGCCCUGCCCCCCGACCUGAGCUACAUCGUCAACGCCAGGCACGGGGGUGAGGACUACGUGUUCUGACCCCGUUAUUGAUCAGUUAUUGAUCGGUUAUUGAUCAGUUAUUGAUCGGUUAUUGAUCAGUUAUUGAUCGGUUAUUGAUCAGUUAUUGAUCAGUUAUUGAUCAGUUAUUGAUCGGUUAUUGAUCAGUUAUUGAUCCCACAGGCACGGGGGUGAGGACUACGUGUUCUGACCCCGUUAUUGAUCGGUUAUUGAUCGGUUAUUGAUCGGUUAUUGAUCAGUUAUUGAUCGGUUAUUGAUCAGUUAUUGAUCCCACAGGCACGGGGGUGAGGACUACGUGUUCUGACCCCGUUAUUGAUCAGUUAUUGAUCGGUUAUUGAUCGGUUAUUGAUCGGUUAUUGAUCAGUUAUUGAUCGGUUAUUGAUCGGUUAUUGAUCGGUUAUUGACCAGUUAUUGAUCGGUUAUUGAUCAGUUAUUGAUCGGUUAUUGAUCGGUUAUUGAUCGGUUAUUGAUCAGUUAUUGAUCCCACAGGCACGGGGGUGAGGACUACGUGUUCUGACCCCGUUAUUGAUCAGUUAUUGAUCGGUUAUUGAUUGGUUAUUGAUCAGUUAUUGAUCGGUUAUUGAUCAGUUAUUGAUCAGUUAUUGAUCGGUUAUUGAUCGGUUAUUGAUCAGUUAUUGAUCCCACAGGCACGGGGGUGAGGACUACGUGUUCUGACCCCGUUAUUGAUCAGUUAUUGAUCAGUUAUUGAUCGGUUAUUGAUCAGUUAUUGAUCCCACAGGCACGGGG